CUAUGUUGCGAGGUUGCAGAACAGGAUACGCAAGAGACGCAGUGAUGAUCAGAUACCUCUCAUUCCUGGUGAUGCUGGUCGGUGGUCGCGCCGCUGCUGCCGGUUAUGGAGCUCAGCAACAGGCGUGUGUCAUCACCACCACUGCAGUUGUAGAGGCUCCUCGCUAUGUAACCCAGACUCUGACCAAGCCUGUCUACGUCACAGAUCACCAGACUCAGUACCAGACCCAGUACCAAACCCAGUACCAGACCCAGUAUGUUACGAAAGUAGAGGAGGUACCCGUGUAUUAUACCAAGACAGUGCCCCAAUACUAUACCAAGACGCAGCAAGUGGCAAACUAUAUUACUCAGACAGUUCCCAGCUACAUUACCAAAACUGUCAAGCAGUCUUAUUACGUCUCUGUACCUUGCAAAAUUACAGCUGGAAACUCCGGAGGGUAUGGGAGGAGACGUUAAAAGCACCAUAAUACUCGCACACUAUUUCUUUCAUUAUCGACGCGAUGACGCCUUUGUGAAGCGAUGAUUCUCUGAAUCCGACGUUCCCGAAUAAUGACGCUUUUCAAAUAAUCUCCCUAACCAUUAUGCAAUAAUCAACAAACUGUCAACAAUCAUCAGUCAUUACCAGCCUUUCAAGUGCAAAUACAUCAUGACAAAAUAUGUAUUGGAUGUACAACUUUUCAAUGACAAACAAUUAUACGAAAGUAAUCUACAAUUUGAUUUA